CUGGUUAGCAAAGAAAGGCCCUAUUCAGUUUGCCUUUCAGAAAUAUCCCAAUCACCAGUUGAUCCAUGGCAACCAUCAAUGGCUUCCAGCUUAAAAUGUCCAGCCUCAUAAGCCAAGAACGAAAAUCCCAAGUUCUGCAUGGUACUAAUUUUCUAUGUCUCGAUGAGAUUCCUCAUCCAAGAUCAUCAUCAAUAUUCAACAAAGUUCCAAGAAAACUCAGCCAUGAUCACAGUCGACUGGUCACAAAGACGGCGUCUCAUGCUGAUAGCUCUCAAUCAGAACCUCAUCAAGUGCCGGCCAAAUCCCCAUUCUCUGCCUGGAAACAUUGGAUGGUGGGAUUAACGUUAAGCAUAUUACUACCAUCUUUGAGACACAAAGGGGGAUCCUUCCUGGCCCUUAAAAAAAAGGUGGAUGUGGCAAUGGAAACCGCGGAGUCCGUGACAGAGGUGGUGGAAGAGUUAGCUGAGGAAGUAGAGAAGGUGUCUGAACAAGUAGCAGAGAAGCUACCUGAUGACGCUAAGCUUAAGAAAGCUAUGGAAUCAGUUGAACAUUUGGCCGAAGAAGCUGUGGAGAAAGCUAAGCUGGCCGAGGAUAUCAUUCACAAAGUCAAGGAAGUGGAAGAAGAGGUGGAGGAGGCACUAAUUAGUGGCUCAGAGAAGAAGAAUUAGACGACACACUUCACUAAUAAAUUGAGAGACCGAAAGAAAAGAUGAUCCACUGGGGCAUGCCUGUUUUGGCUUAUAAUUGUCUCAAAAUGUUUCUCCUACCAUGUCACUGUCCUACUGAAAACCAUUGUUCAAAUAUUUUGUAGUCGGAGAAAUGCUCAUGGUCUGCAGAUUAACUAAAAAUGACAUCCACUUUCAUUG